UCGAGACAUAUCUCUCGCUGCUUUGUCCUCUCAUACUCAAAAAUAUAUCAUUCAAUCUACCGCGAUCAAGCACAUAUACAUAUAUAAUCGAACAACAUAUAUAUAUAUAUAUAUAUUUUUAUAUAAUCGAAGUGCAAGAAGAAGAGUAAGGGAGAAGAAGCAGAGAUCAGAGAAGAUGGGUGUGGAUUACUACAAAAUAUUAAAUGUGGACAAGAAUGCGAAAGAUGAAGAUUUAAAGAAAGCCUACAGAAAGCUAGCCAUGAAGUGGCACCCAGAUAAGAAUCCCAACAACAAUAAAGAAGCUGAGGCAAAAUUCAAACAGAUCUCUGAAGCAUAUGAGGUUUUAAGUGAUCCCCAGAAGAGAGCAGUGUAUGACCAAUAUGGUGAAGAAGGGCUAAAAGGCCAAGUGCCACCACCAGAUGCUGGUGGAGCAACCUUUUUCCAAACAGGGGAUGGACCAAAUGUGUUCAGAUUCAAUCCCAGAAACGCCAAUGACAUUUUUUCUGAAUUUUUCGGCUUCUCGAGCCCAUUUGGAGGGAUGGGUGGUGGCGGCGGCAUGAGGGGAAGUUCAAUUUUCUCUGGUGGAAUGUUUGGAGAUGAUAUGUUUAGUUCAUUUGGAGAUGGUAGACCGAUGAGUUCGGCUCCUCCAAAGGCAUCUCCAAUCGAAAUUUCUCUGCCUUGUAGCCUUGAAGAGCUCUACAAGGGGACUACAAAGAAGAUGAAGAUCUCAAGGGAAAUUGCUGAUGCAAGUGGGAAAACCUUGCCGGUACAGGAGAUUCUAACAAUUGAUAUAAAGCCUGGCUGGAAAAAGGGAACUAAAAUCACCUUCCCUGAGAAAGGGAAUGAGCAACCAAAUGUUAUUCCUGCCGAUCUUGUUUUUGUGAUUGAUGAGAAACCACACAUUGUCUUCACGAGGGAAGGUAAUGAUCUGGUUGUCACCCAGAAGAUAUCACUUGCUGAAGCAUUAACGGGUUGCACAGUCCAUAUCACAACCCUAGAUGGAAGAAACCUAACCAUCCCCAUAAACAAUGUGAUUCACCCGAAUUAUGAAGAGAUCGUACCGAAAGAGGGGAUGCCAAUGCCGAAAGAUCCCUUGAAGAAGGGCAAUCUGCGAAUCAAGUUCAACAUUAAAUUCCCAACAAGAUUGACAGCUGAGCAGAAGCCUGGAAUCAAGAAACUCCUGCCUUCAUGAUUCCGAUUGUGGUGGAUAGUAAGUGAGCUGUACCAUAAGACUUGUGUAUACAAAUUUUCUUUUACUUGGCUACUUCAUGGAUUAGUAGUGUUUUCAAUGUGUUUAUGUUUGUAAUUGAAAUAAAUGAAUAUUAGCAAACCUUAGUUACUCGAGAUGUAAAAAGGUUGAAUAAAAUCAAAUUUGAAAUUUGUAUGUAUAAAAUCUUAUUCGGUUAA